UCCAACCUUCCACCAGAUGGCUGGAGCCGACAAGCAGAGAUAAGGGUCACACUUUGGACUCUGCUGCCAGAAGGGGGCAGUGCCCCCGGGGUCCCUGAUCCCCGAGGUCCCUUCUGCUGCCGGUCCUGCUCUCCUGCCUGGUUAAAGGAGGAAGAGGAGGCCGAGGCCGGGGCACGGGGCUAGCCGGCCACUCACCGACGCGGAAAGCGAGCCUCAGGGGGCUCCUUUCCCCUGCACAUUGGAGUGAUGAGCCUUUGCAGGUGACCCAGGAGAGAAGGGAUGCAGGCCUUAGGUCCUCCCGAUAAGAGUCCCCUCCAAGGGCUGGUGGCCUCCCGCAUUGAGACCUAUGGAGGCAGGUAUCGGGCCUCGGUCGUGAAUCCUCCAGGCAAUGUCAAUCCCCGAGGAGGCCUUUUGCUGGAUCCCAACCGCCGACUCCUCCAGGGCUACAACCCCUUCACCACGGGUUCUGGCCCGGCCCGACGCCUGUCUCCCCUGAGGCUUCGAGAACCAGUGCCCGAGAAGACACAAGGAGGUCCCUUUGGGGUCGGGACACCUCACUCCCCCAAACUCAAGGAAGUCACCAAGGCCCACGAGCUGCAGGUGAGGCUGCAUACCUUCAGCAUGUUUGGGAUGCCCCGCCUGCCCCGGGAGGACCGGCAGCACUGGGAGAUCGGGGAGGGCAGCGACAACAGUGUGGCCAUUGAGAAGUCCUGGAAGGAGCUGGUGCCUGGGCACAAGGAGAUGAGCCGGGAGCUCUGCCACCAGCAGGAGGCCCUGUGGGAACUACUGACCACGGAGCUCAUCUACGUGCGGAAGCUCAAGAUCAUGACGGAUCUCCUAGCUGCGGGUUUGCUGAACUUGCAGCGUGUGGGUCUGCUGACAGAAGUGUCAGCUGAGACUCUGUUUGGAAACGUCCCCAGCCUGAUUCGAGCCCACCGGAGCUUCUGGGAAGAGGUGCUGGGGCCCACCCUAGAGGAGACACGAGCCUCAGGCCAGCCUCUGGACCCAGUCAGCCUGCAAGACGGCUUUCUGACGUGCAGCCAGCGCUUCCAGCCCUACGUCCUAUACUGCCUGCGAGUGAGGCAGACCAUGGCCUACGCCCGGGAGCAGCAGGACCACAACCCUCUCUUCCACGUCUUCGUGCAGUGGUGUGAGAAGCACAAGCGCUCGGGGAGGCAGAUGCUGGGAGACCUGCUCAUCAAGCCCCACCAGCGCAUCACCAAGUACCCGCUGCUGCUCCAGGCUGUGCUCAAGAGGACACCCAAGCCCCAGGCCCGGGAGGCCCUGACCGCCAUGAUCGCAGCGAUGGAAUCGUUCCUGCGGCACAUCAACAAGCAGGUGCGCCAGGGCGAAGAGCAGGAGAGCUUGGCUGCUGCGGCCCGGCGCGUCGGGCCCUACGAGGUGCUGGAGCCGUCCAGCGAGGAGGUGGAGAAGAACCUGCGACCGUUCUCCACCCUGGACCUGAUGACCCCCAUGCUGGGGGUCGCUCCGGAGCACACCAGGCAGCUGCUGCUCGAGGGGCCCGCGCGCGUGAAGGAGGGGCGUGAAGGGAAGCUGGAUGUAUACCUGUUCCUGUUCUCUGAUGUGCUUCUGGUGACCAAGCCCCCUCGCAAGGCGGACAAACCCAAGGUUAUCCGCCCACCCCUCAUGCUGGAGAAGCUUGUGUGCCGGCCACUCCGUGAUCCCAGCAGCUUCCUGCUGGUCCACCUCACUGACUUCCAGUGUGUCUCCAGCGCCCUCACUGUCCACUGUCCCAGCGCUGCCGACCGGGCCCGGUGGCUGGAGAAGACCCAGCAGGCCCAGGCCACCCUGCAAAAGCUGAAGGCAGAGGAGUAUAUCCAACAGAAGAGGGAGCUCUUGGCCGUCUAUCGGGACCGAGAUGGGGAGUCCCCGAGCACCAGGCCCUCCACACCUUCCCAGGAGGGCUCUCAAAGCAGCACGGAGGGCAGGACUUGCGAGUCCUCGACUGUCAUCCCGCACCUGGUGGUGACAGAAGACACAGAUGAAGAUGCCCCCUCGGUACCAGAUGACACCUCGGACUCUGGCUAUGGCACUCUCAUCCCAGGCUCUCCCAAAGAGUCCCACUCCCCGCUGAGCCGUCUACGCUUGAGAGCCCUUCGGCGGGACCCUCGCCUCACCUUCUCCACCCUGGAACUCCGAGAUGUCCCUCUGCGUCCCCAGCCUUCUGACCCCCAGGCUCCCCAACGCCGAAGCGCCCCUGUACUGCCCGAGGAAGGUGUCCGGAAAGCAGGCAGUCUUCCCAGGGUAGACCCACCAACCUCGUCUGAGGAAGAAGACCAGACCUCAGUGGGCGAGAAUGUGGUGGUGGGAACCUUGCAGAGGGCCCAACUUCGGGGGCAGCUGUCCUCCUCCCCAACCCACGCUGACUCUUCUGAGGAAAGCCCCUGGGAGUCCUCAGGGGAUGAAGAAGAAGAGGGGUAUCCCUCCCAGGGACCUGACUACACCCCCUCCCCUCACCCCCUCCGGCCUGAGGACAUGCUCCGAGAGAUCCGCGAGGAACUGGCCAGUCAAAGGAUCGAGGGCGUCCCUGAGCCUGGGGACAGCAGGCCUCGGAAGCUGACUCGGGUCCAACUGCAGAGGAUGCGAGGGUCUCAUGUCGUACACCUGGACACACCCCUGACCACGUCAGAGGCGUGAGAAUCACGAAAGACCCUUAGCAUUUCUCCAGGAGGAAAUCUCUUCCGAUGAGUGCUGGUCACCACCUCUACCCUGGGACUCUACCUCAAGGACAUUUCUCCAGGCAUCCUGCCCCUCCUGCUCAGAGGACUUUGGGGAUCAAGAACUGUACAUUUAUGUAUCACAGAUACCCGGAAGCCCCACAUAAAGUUGUGCGUGAAAACCA